AAUUUUCCGCUCCCAUUUACGCCGGAUGGAACAAAAAAAAAUAUCAGCGAGAACCCUCGUUUUCUUUUUUGUUUAGCAGGGGGCACAAGAGCAAGCUGCAAGCAGAUUACAGGGCCACGAAGCUCGCCCCUGCUCUGCUCUCUAUCUUAUUAGUCCUUCAAUUGGGCUUUCCUCUGCUGCGGGGUUCUGUUCUCGUCUGGGUUUCAGACGCCAGAUUUGGAGCAGAACACACCGGUCCUUGGUUUCCUUGCCGGCUGCAAUGUUAUGGCGCUUCGGGGGUAUGUAGAGCCUGAAUUCUGUGAUGACGGGGGAGUUAGCGGCGUGGGGAGAUUUUUUCUGUGCUUUGUCUUUUCUUAGCUGAGAAAUCUGGUGCUAUUUGGUGCUCGCCGACGCCGAGCCGGAGGGCGUCAUCGUUGCUGUGUCCUCUGUAGCUGGAUUUGUGGUCAUUGGUAGAGAGAAGCGUUCUUCCUCGGGGAAUCCGUGGGAAGAAGCGGUCUCCGGUGCAAUCCCAUGGCUUCUAGGGAUUUCCUGGGAGGGUUCGGCCGGGAUGGAGGGCAAGCGCCUGUGGGUGGCGCUGGCGCCGCCCCGGGGCCCGGCGGGGAGUCGGACGAGAUCGAGCUCAGCCUCGGCCUGUCCCUCGGCGGCUGCUUCGGCGCCGAGCCUUCGCAGGAGGGGAGGAGCGCCGACCCUCGGCUCCAGCGCUCGUCCUCCGUCGCGUCGAUCUGCUCCUUGCCUGCUGCCACCACCGGCACCAGCUGCGGGGCGCAGGACGCCGGCCCAGGCCCCGCCGCCGCGCCUCCGCCGGACCUGCUCCGCACCUCCUCCCUGCCCGCGGAGUACAUGGAGGACCGGCUCCGCCGCCGCGCGAUGCAGAGCCAGCGGCGCCUCGAGGCCAAGCGCAAGCGCCUCGAGCGCCGCAACUCCAUGAGCUCGGGAAGGCCGGUUCCGGCGGCCGGUGGCCGCGACGACGGCCUCGAGCACACCGUGCCCAGCGGCUUCCAGCUCCGCCGUUCGGUCGCCUUGACGACGGCGGGGUCGCCGACGCCCAGCCGGCCGCAGCAAGGGCCCGCGGACCGCCGUGCGGCGGAGGCGACCGGACCGGACGGCGCGGCCUGCCACGACGAGCCGCAGCCGCUGCCGCUGCGCCUGCGCACGCUGCGGUCGCUGACGAUGCGGACGGCGAGCACGGGCGACCUCCGGAGCGCCAUGGCGGAGGACAUGCCCAUGGUGUCGUACAAGGCGGAGGGCCCCGGCGGGCGCAAGACGGACGGGUUCCUGUACAAGUACAGGAAGGGGGAGGAGGUGCGGAUCGUGUGCGUCUGCCACGGCAGCUUCCUCACGCCGGCCGAGUUCGUGGAGCACGCCGGCGGCGGCGAGGUCCCCAACCCGCUGCGCCACAUCGUCGUCAACCCGCAGCAGUCGGUGUUCUUGUAGCGCCCGGCCGCCUCGGCCUCGCGAUGGAGAUGGAGGUGGUGGCUGUACCGUCGGAGCUGCAGAAGCUGGAAACCUUCUCUCUCUUUUUUUUUUAUUUUGCUUUGUUUCUUUUCUGUUUGUUUUGGUACUCAUGUAGUCAUGUGGUUGCUAUUAUUAUUACAAUUAUUAUUAACA